GGGCGCCUCAGGGAGCGGGUGUUGCUGCGCCUGUCCGGGUCGAGUGUGGCGCAGCUGUGGCGGCGCUUCCCACUCGCCCCGCGCGGGGGCUGGGUCCCCGAAGGUUGCAUGAUGGAAUUUGAACAUUACUUCAAGAGGUUUUAUGUUUCGGAUUAGUUAAUUGGGUUUAUCCCCUGCUGACUAUUUCUUCGGACUCAUUUUUUGGUGUCCUUUUGAGGCAUUAAAUUCAACGAGAGUAUACCAUGGACUACAAGGAAAGCUGCCCAAGUGUAAGCAUUCCCAGCUCUGAUGAACACAGAGAGAAAAAGAAGAGGUUUACUGUUUAUAAAGUUCUGGUCUCAGUGGGUAGGAGUGAAUGGUUUGUCUUCAGGAGAUAUGCAGAGUUUGAUAAACUUUAUAACACUUUAAAGAAACAAUUUCCUGCUAUGGCCCUGAAGAUUCCUGCCAAGAGAAUAUUUGGUGAUAAUUUUGAUCCAGAUUUUAUUAAACAAAGAAGAGCAGGACUGAAUGAAUUUAUUCAGAACCUGGUUAGGCAUCCAGAGCUCUAUAACCAUCCAGAUGUCAGAGCAUUCCUUCAAAUGGACAGUCCAAAACAUCAGUCAGAUCCAUCUGAAGAUGAGGAUGAAAGAAGUAUUCAGAAGCUACAUUCUACCUCACAAAACAUCAACCUGGGACCAUCUGGAAAUCCUCAUGCUAAACCAACCGACUUUGACUUCUUAAAAGUUAUUGGAAAAGGCAGCUUUGGCAAGGUUCUUCUUGCAAAACGGAAACUGGAUGGAAAAUUUUAUGCUGUUAAAGUGUUACAGAAAAAAAUAGUUCUCAACAGAAAAGAGCAAAAACAUAUUAUGGCUGAACGUAAUGUGCUUUUGAAAAAUGUGAAACAUCCAUUUUUGGUUGGAUUACAUUAUUCUUUCCAAACAACUGAAAAGCUUUAUUUUGUUCUGGAUUUCGUUAAUGGAGGGGAGCUGUUUUUUCACUUACAAAGAGAACGAUCCUUUCCUGAACAGAGAGCUAGGUUUUAUGCUGCUGAAAUUGCCAGUGCAUUGGGUUACUUACACUCCAUAAAAAUAGUGUACAGAGACUUGAAACCAGAAAAUAUUCUUCUGGAUUCUGUAGGACAUGUUGUCUUAACAGAUUUUGGGCUUUGUAAAGAAGGAAUUGCUAUUUCUGAUACCACCACAACAUUUUGUGGGACACCAGAGUACCUUGCACCUGAAGUAAUCAGAAAACAGCCCUAUGACAAUACUGUAGAUUGGUGGUGCCUUGGUGCUGUUCUGUAUGAAAUGCUGUAUGGAUUGCCUCCUUUUUAUUGCCGAGAUGUUGCUGAAAUGUAUGACAAUAUCCUUCACAAACCCCUGAAUUUGAGGCCAGGAGUAAGCCUCACAGCCUGGUCCAUUCUGGAGGAACUCCUAGAAAAAGACAGGCAAAAUCGACUUGGUGCCAAAGAAGACUUUCUUGAAAUUCAGAAUCAUCCUUUUUUUGAGUCACUCAGCUGGACUGAUCUUGUACAAAAGAAGAUUCCACCGCCAUUUAAUCCUAAUGUGGCCGGACCAGAUGAUAUCAGGAACUUCGACACAACAUUUACAGAAGAAACAGUUCCAUAUUCUGUGUGCGUAUCUUCUGACUACUCUAUAGUGAAUGCCAGUGUAUUGGAGGCAGAUGAUGCAUUCGUUGGUUUCUCAUAUGCACCUCCUUCAGAAGAUUUAUUUUUGUGAAUGAUUUGCCAUUCAGAAACCAUUGAGCAGAUACAAGCCUACGGAUGAGACUGAAGCUCCUAUUUGUGUGAAUAUAUUCAAAUAUGUAUAACUAGUGCCUAAUUUUUACAUGUAAUAUUGAAAACUAUGGAAAAAUGUAUUUUCUGCUAUAUGCAAGAAAAUAGGGCAUUUCAAAGAGCUAAGUUUUGAUUAAAAUUUGUAUUCUUGUUUAUUAAGCUUAUUUUUAAACAGAAAUUUCUAAAGCUAUUCUUAACAUUAACCUAUUUUUAAAGAAAACUUUUUUGCUGUUGACUGUUUUUUCCCUCUACGUUUACACUAACAUCUACCCAUGAUAGACUGUUUCUUAAGUCUCUUUCAGUUCAGUUAACACAUAUUAAUACCUUCGUAACUCUCUACUAUGACUUUUGUUAUCAAAUCAGAACUAUGCAAUUGAUACAUGGUUGUUUAAGAAGAAACCAUAUCUUUCCAUGGUAAAUCACUGUUUGAAACAAUCGGUUCUUGGUAGGAUUAAAAUGUAAAAGCAUAAUUAACGCAUUGGCUGCCAGUUAACACUUUGAAUAGCUGUUCAUUCACAAGAUCAUUUAAGAAGUAACAAAAGGAAAUCAUUUGCUUUUGAAAUACCCGUUCAAAUUUGUGGAUUAUUUUUCCUCUAAAGGAGAAGAAAAGGUUUAAUGGUUAGGAAUUUUGAGUAUUCCCAAAGAUCUGAAGGGUAAUAAAUUACUGCUGGAUUUUUUUAGGUGGUGCCACAAAUGAAUGUCUCUAUGUGAUAUAUUUAUAUUACAGAUAAUAUUCUAUUUAUGUUCCUGUUGGUCUUUUGAAUGUUUAAUAUACUAUCAAGUAGUUCUUAAAUCUUUGUAUUUGCUUUUGCAAAUAGCUAUUUAAAAAUUCUCUUCCAAAUUGUUUAAGAAAAAACAAUACUAAGCUUUCUAAAGUAUUUGCCUAACUGGAAAUUAGAAAGUAAAAUAACAAGUUCUGGGUCAUUGUAAAUAUAUAUAGUUUCAUUACAAUAUGACAAAAGUUAAAAAAUAAUUCAGACAGAUUCAUAUUCAAUAUUUUAUUAUCUUGGAAAAACUACAGGAGACUCACCUUAAAAUUAUACCAUACCAACUAAGUUGUACACUUGUAAGAGUAAAAGAGAAUAACUACAGAAAACUUUAAAAAAAUGCAAUUCUGAUUCUUAGUUUAGAGUAGAGGUUUUUCAAGUCAUGUAGGAAACACUCUUGUGAGAGUCCAGUGAGCCGGUUUACAUGCUCCAAGAACACGCAUUUCUUCAUGUUUUUCUUGAGAAGGAAAUCACCAAUACCCUUUGGCUUAAAAAUGUUCAGCAGAAUGGGGGGAGGGGGGAUUGUGCUUUUGUUAGAUUAAUAUUUACAUUCAAUACAAAUACACUGAAUCUUCCUUUAGAGGUAAGACUUUAAUAUCAUUGUAAAUAUUUGGUUUAUUUGGCACUACUGUAAGUUUUGCUUUUACACAAAGCUCUUUGCUUAUUAUAAAGCAAAAUAAAAAUUGUAGUUUCUUGUA